CUUUAUCUCAACUCUCAAUUGAUCUCUUCUCGGAGUUUUAGAAGCUCUGUAGAUAUAUCAACCGCUAUGGCCAUCCCGACGUGGCCGUUUUAUCUGCUGAUUUCCACAUUCGUUUUGAUCCACCUGUUCGUUUCGCCGUACACCAAGGUCGAGGAAUCGUUCAACAUCCAGGCCACCCACGACAUAUUGAUCCAUGGAAUACCAGGAAGUAAUGUUGACCAAUUUUUCACCGCGAACUAUGAUCAUGUCUCAUUCCCGGGAAGCGUACCAAGAACAUUUACUGGCGCGUUGGUUCUGAGCGGAUUGUCACGAUCCUUUGUUGGCUUAUUGAACAAUGCAGCACAUAUGCAACUCUUGGUGAGAGGAUUACUGGGCUUGUGCAAUGCCUUCUCACUCAUCGCAUUCGGAAGGAGCGUCCAGAAAGCCUUUGGGACAACUGCGGGUAUCUGGUAUGCUUUGUUCCAGGCAAGCCAGUUUCAUGUCAUCUAUUAUGCGUCUCGGACGCUGCCGAAUAUGUUUGCUUUCGUCUUCAGCAACUUCGCACUCCGAGCUCUCCUGAACGCACAUACAGUGUCAUACAGCAGAGAAUAUGCUAAUCGAAGAUACCGGCUCUGCCUCUACCUACUCACCAUUGCCGGUAUCGUAUUUCGCUCCGAAUUAGCCAUCUUAGUCGGGACUAUCACGCUCUAUCUUCUUGUUACCCAGCGCGUCUCUAUCGUGAAAGUCGUCAUCCCCGCUGGAGCUGGAGGACUCCUUAUAGGACUCUUGUGCACCGUUCCAAUUGACUCUUUCUUCUGGCAGUCCUUCCCGUUAUGGCCGGAAUGGAUCGCCUUCUACUACAAUACCAUCCAAGGCCACUCAGCUGACUGGGGUGUAUCACCCUGGCACUACUACUUCGCCAAUGCCCUCCCACGCCUCCUUCUCAAUCCAGCAACAUACCUACUCUGCAUACCCAUCGCCGUCCUGAACGCCGCCACCCGCAGACGAAGCCUCGAUCUCCUCAUCCCUCUCCUUUCCUUCGUAGCUCUCUACAGCUUCCUCCCACACAAAGAAUGGCGCUUUAUCAUCUACGUGAUCCCCGGUCUGACCGCCAUCUCCGCAGCCGGUGCAUCAUGGAUCUGGACGCGACGCUCAAAAUCCGCCAUCUACGCGCUCCUAUCGCUUACCCUCGCCACCUCAAUUCUCUUCUCCUUCACCGCCUCGACCGCCCUCCUCGCUAUCUCCAGCCUCAACUACCCCGGCGGCACCGCCCUGCAUACCCUGCACACCAGCAUCCCGCACCCCGCGAAACCACACUUUGACGUCUACUUCGACAACCUCGCGUGCCAGACCGGCGUCACGCGGUUCCUGGAAGCGCACAGCGCGCCGCAAACCAUUCUCGACGUGCUAGAAGCGCAGGAUUCCCUACAAGAAAGGACGUGGGCGUACGACAAGACCGAGGACCCGACGGUGUUGCUUGAUCCGCUGUUCUGGGCGAAGUUCGAUUAUGUGUUGGCGGAGAGACCGGAGAAGGUUAUUGGGAGUUGGGCGGUUGUGCAUGUUGUGUAUGGGUUUGGGGGCGUGAGGGUGCUGAAGCCGGGGGAGAAGAGUGGUGGUCAGGUUGAGGAGGUUGUCGGUGAGGCUGAAACAGGGCGGGGGAACGAAGACUGGACGGAAAAGGUUGCUGGUGUGUGGAAGCGGCUGGAGGGAGGUUUGAGAGAGAGGUUGCUACGAGGAUACUGGGUGGAAGUGAGGAUGGAGCCCAGGAUCAGGAUACUGCGGAACCAGUUGAAGUAGAC